AACACCCUAUUCGCCUCAUAGAAGCAAACCGAGUCUUCAUCUUCUUCCUCCUCUUCGUCAACAGUGGUCGUUGCUGCUGCUUUGAUGCUCAUCCUGGAGACGGACUAGUGAACGUGCGCCCUCUUCAUCAACAGUGGUUGUUGCUGCUGCUUUGAUGCUCAUCCUGGAGACACACUAGUGAACGUGCUGUGCAGACGAAGAUCGGAGAACGGGUGUCGUUCGGUUGCAAAGAACCCAGCAUUGAUAUCAGAGCCUUGCUUGUUGAAUUCCAGAAAACAGCGUUAAGGAAGGUACCCAUCUCCCAAACAUGAUGGGAGGUUCCAACUUUGAUCCUGUUGUAGAUGAGAAGAAGCAAGGAAGCCAUAACCUCAUGCUGAGCGGUCUUCCCAAUGAUAUCAUUGCUACGAUUCUUUCUUCCAUCCCAACUGAGCUUGCAGUGGACGCAUCUCUAUUGUCGCAGGCUUGUAGAGAUCUAUGGACUUUGGUAACAGUCGUGGAAUUGGACCAGACCCCAACUCGUUCAUGGCUAAGCAAGGAAGAGCCGUACUCAGAUUAUGUCACUGACCCCAUAGCUCUUCAUACCCGGCGUCGCAGACUUGGUUGCUCCAGGAAGAAGAAGAUUGCAGCCAUCAUGGAAAAAUAUAUGCAGCUUCACGAGGACUGCAUCACAAGAUUCAAAUUGAAGUUCACCACCAACGAGACGUUCGACCCACUGGUUGAUCGAUGGCUGCAAUUUGUAGUAGGAAGAAAAGCGAAGGAACUCAAUCUUGAUCUUAGAGCAUCUAAAUGGAACGACUCCGUGCAUCGGUAUCGCCUUCCUACGGACCUCUUUUCCUGUACAUCUUCUUUACAGGUGCUUACACUACGUGGCUGCACGGUUGAACCCUCCUUCAGCCUCCAGAGCCUAUGCAAUCUGAAGAAGGUGGUCUUAGAUGAGGUUGAAGAGAUCUCGGUUGACAUGGUUCAUGCGUUGUUCCUCAACAUCGAGUUCUUGACCCUCAAGAAGCUUGUUGUUAAGGGCGGCACCAUGAAUUCCCAAGGGCAGAAUACCAUUGUGAAUGAGAAGAUGAAGGGCCUAAAAAUUGUUGAAUGUUCUGGACAGUGGUUGGAAGAAUGUGAAAUUUAUGCUCCCAACCUGGAAAAGUUUAAGUAUAAGGGAGAGGUGGUGAACUUUAGUUUGAGAAGUGUUCCACGUAACUUGAAGAAAGCCACCAUUAUCAUCAACAAAGAGUUGGGGGUCAACAAUGCCUUCAGAAGGCUGAUAAACCAAGUCUGCUGUGUGAAGUAUCUGACUUUGGGAUUCUCUGUGAACUUUACUGGUCUUCAUCCAAGAGGGGAACAAGAAAACGAGAUCUCCUUGAAGCCGUUUCUGUAUUUGAAAGAAUUGCUGAUCAUCACAGGAGGCGUGAAGGCUCAUGAAAGAACAGUUGAUUGCUUGAUGAAGAAUGCACCUAAGCUAAGAAAGUACAAUAUAUACCCUGAAUUUAUGAUUCCAAAGGAGAAGAGAGGGCCACAAUGGGAAAGGUUUCUCUUGUCAGAGUUCAUGUAAAAAUUGAGGGGCAUUUUGGUU